AUGAAUAAGUACAUUUUGUCUAAAGAAAGGAGAUCGGAAAUAAAGUCAAUAUUUAAAGAAUUUGAUAAGGGCAAAAAUGGGUUAGAUGGGAAACAUCUAAUACAUUUAUUAAAAUCUAUUGGCAUAUAUCUGAACAAAGAUGAAACCGCUGCUUUAUUAGAUGAAUGCAGGAUAAAUGGUAAUGUAAAUUUAAACAACUUUUAUGCUAUUAUGCAAGAAUUUUACUAUGAUGAAAACAUUGGAAAACUACUAUUAACGUCACUACAAGCUCACACGAGAGAAAGUGCCAAAACGAUUACCACUGCAAAGCUCAAAAGCUUAUUAUUGACAUUGGGCACUGGUGUGAAACUGACGGAAGAUGAGGUAGACGCCUUUUUAAAUGUAGAAUUCAAUGCAAAUAAAAACAAAGACAUCUCAUUUAAUGAUUUUAUAUACAAGGUGUUAAAAGAGUGA